AUGACAGUGUUAUUAUUCAUUGUUUCUGUUAUUUCAAUUGAAGAGAAAUCAAUAUGCAUGAACGACUUCCUUGCCUUCAAUUAUGAAAAUGACCAAACACCAGUUAUCAAACAGUUUGACUGUUAUUUGGAUCUACCCAAUCCAAUUAAAGUUCAAGGCAUUAACAACCAAGCUUUGUGUUACGUCAAUGAAAAUUUUAUGUACCUAACAAAAGACAAUCACACUUUUAAUCGGUGUGGAGAGUAUUUACAGAUAGUUGGAGCCUAUCAAAAACAGGUUUAUUGUAUGAUCGCCGGUUAUAUGAAUGUGUUUAAAGAAGGUGUGACUGAAACAUUAGAUGGGAGAUACAUAUCUGUCAACUCCAGAAUAUACAACCAACUCUCUCCAAAAAUCAUUGGUAAAAACAGUUAUGCCUGUCAGUUUACUUUUAAAUAUGUAUACCCGGAUUUGGGUAUGAAUCCAACUCUUGUGGUUGUUGAAAGAAAACAAAAUAACAAUAUCAUCGAAAUCAUCAAUUGCAACCAAAUUAUGUACCAAAUCAGAAUCUAUUCAAAAACAAUAGACGAAUACUUUUAUGCCAAUGAAGAUGGAAAAUUUGAAGUUCCAAAUUAUGAAGGCAAUUACACUGUAAGAGUCUUUUCUUUCUAUAAUAACAGACUUGAGAUUAAAAAUAUCAAUUUAAACCAAGCAGAUUCAUUUGAAUUUGACUCAAGAUUCCCAGCAGAUAAAGGCGGGAACUGCUAUUAUGUUGUCAACAAUGACGUGUACUCCCCGGAUGAGAAAAACGAAUCUGUCUACUUCUUUAAGUGGCACAUUUUACAGCCUGAUUAUGCCACCAACCUCGUUGAAAUGGAGAAGACUCCAAAUGGAAUGAUCUUUGAGCCAACUGAUAUAGUCAAUGGCAAAGGAUUUAUCUCGAUUGGAUAUGUCUAUAUCACUGAAAUGAUGCUCGACCAAGACUUCACUCAUGUGCAAUUUGAUAUAGAAAUGGAAGACACAACAGACUUUGAAUUGAUUCUGGCAGACUUGGUGUAUCAAACAGAUUAUAAUGGAUUCACAAAUACAUCUUUUGUGUUUAUUGAUAAAGACCUGAAAACAAAAUAUUACAAAACAGACAAAAAGGUGUCGAUCACAGCUUAUUUCAAACCAAAUAGAAAACAAUUUUCAAAUGGAGGUUCAAUCAAGUUUUUUGUUGCUAAAGGAUCAUACGUGAGAUUACAAAAUACCACUUUGUUCAGAUCAAGUCUUGCAACCAAUCAGUACAUCUGCGACUCUACUUCUUUUGAUUGUUAUGGAACAGAAUGUCAAAUCACAAACGAUUCAUAUCCACAAGGAACCAGCAUAUGGAGUGAACACUGUCGACCGGCGUGUGGAGUGUGUAGAGAGGGCUUUGUGUGUACAACAGCUGGUAGAUGUAUCACAGAACCAAAUGAUAAUUUGAGGAGUGGAAUUUCAAAGGUGUUUACUCUAUUAUUUUUGGUGGUUAUAUUGGGGGUGUGA